AUGUCUUCACCUAGUGACAAAGAUCUGGCAGUUGUAUCUGGGGAGGAACGAUCACAAGGCUCUUUCACUUCUCCGGAGCAAGAGACACCACCGAAAGCCAACUCCUGGUGGAAGUUUGGUGGUCGCAAUCGCAUCUUCGUCCCAAGUCGGCUCCAGGGGUCGAAGUCCACCUUCAAGGAUUUCCAAGGCGACAGAACGAUCGAUGACGACCACAAUGCUGACGGGAAUGUCUUCUCUGACCCUAGGGCUGUCGAUAUCUACAAGCCAAUUGAGAAGUACGAAGGUCGCCACAGGCUCGACCUCCGUGCAACUUGGUCAGACGAAGACGAGAAGAAAUUCGUCCGCAGGCUUGAUUGGAAAAUCUGUCUACGGGCGUGUAUAAUGUUCUUCGCCUUGCAGCUUGACAGGGGCAACAUCAAUCAAGCCCUGUCGGACAAUAUGCUUGGGUACCUUGGUCUGACUACCGACGAUCACAACAACGGAAUGACAAUAUUCUACUGCUCCUUUCUUUUCGCAGAGCUUCCCUCGCAGCUUGUCAGUAACAAGAUUGGGCCGGAUAACUGGAUGCCUGCUCAGAUGCUCGUAUCGAGUGGCGUCGCAAGCUCGCAAAGCCAUCUUUCAGGUCGCACCACCUUCUUCGUCACUCGGGCGCUUCUGGGGCUCCUCGAAGGCUGUGCUUCAUUUCGUACGCUAGUCGCCGUCAGACAAUGGAAAGCUUACAAGACUCUUUGCUCAGAGGCUUGGUUCCGGAUGUGA